AUUCGUUUCAUAGAAUGAGCCAAUUUUGUUUCUAUUGCCAAUAAAGGUUACCUGAGGUAAACCUCGGAUCUGCAAAGCAAAUCUGCCUAGUAAUAAGUCAAUCUUGCCAUCUCCAGUCUUCUGAAGGAAUAUGAGAUCAGAUCUGAUAGUAAACUGUUAUUUGUCUGUUACGAUUAUUAUUUAUGCUGUAGUUGUUUGAUGGAAUAUGCCGUCAUUUGGAGAAGAAGAUUGCAUGUUGUGGUUAUUUUGUUUCUUUGCGACGUUUUGGGCCUUUAGAUGAGAAGUGUCAUCAUUCUUUUGAAUGGAGGGAAUUAGGAAGCUUUCACGCGAUGGCAUGGUUUGGGGUGUAUCAUUCUAAAAUAUAUAUUUAUCAACUUUUUCUCAUCUGAAGGCUAUAAUUAAUAGGCUGUAAGUAUAGAUUUGAAAGAAAGGGAUAUGGCAGGGAUGAUGUAAUGUUUAUGAGUGGGUAUUUAACUCCAAAGACAGGAAACAACUUUCUCCUUAACCUCUCAUUCUCUAUCAUUAACUAGACAGUUUGGAUAUGCUGCUAGAUUAAGAGCCUCCUGAUUGGGCAGCAGACUAGCAGGGUGUUGAACAUGCAGACACUCAGAGGCGGAGUCAGCAGUUCUCAGACACACAGUCAGACAGGGAUACACAUCUCAUUCCUUCUGGAGUAUGUAGCAGUGCAGCUCAGAUUCUCAGUGCUCUGAGGGAAGAUGUCAACCCAAGUCAACAUAGGAGCACGCAAGGACAAGUGUGAGAACUGCACCAAGCAGUGCAACAAGAAGCAAAAUGUGGAAGGGUCCAGUUCCCUACAGGAGAAGGAGGACCCUGAUGGAGAGGUGACAGAGUCGUCCCAGGUGUUGCUGAGUGCGUGUCUGUCGUGUGAAGGCUGUGUGUCAGAGGAAGAGAGCCAGAAGAUAGCUCAGCAGAACCGGGAGGAGCUGGAGCGAGUCCUAGCCCUCAACAAGAGGUGUGACGUGACCAAUCACAGGACAGUGCUGGUCUCCCUGUGCCCCCAGGCCCUCCCCUUCUUCUCUGUCAAGUUUGGCCUGGGCAUCCCAGAGGCCACACACAAGCUCUGUGGAUUCCUCAAGAGUCUGGGUGUGAGGUAUGUGUUUGACACCACUCUGGCAGCUGGCUUCAGUAUUGUGGAGAGCCAGAGAGAGUUUAUCCAGAGGUACCGCCGACGGCACCACGAUGCCCACGCCCUGCCCAUGUUCACCUCCUCCUGCCCAGGCUGGAUCCGGUACGCGGAGCGUGUCCUUGGUACCCUGGUGACCCCUCACCUGUGUACAGCCAGGUCUCCUCAGCAGAUCAUGGGCUCCCUGGUCAAAGACUACUUCUGCAGACAGCAGAUGCUGAGGAGGGAGCAGGUGUACCAUGUGGUGGUGGCUCCGUGCUUCGAUAAGAAACUGGAGGCAGUGAGAGAGGAGCUCUACAGCUCUCUGCUGGAGAGCAGAGACGUGGACUGUGUCCUCACCUCAGGAGAGGUGCUGCUCAUGAUGAAGCAGAGGAAGGUGACUGUGGAGCAGCUGGACUCUGUCCCUCUAGAUCACAUCAUGGGGGAGGCAGCCGACACAGGGAUGGUCCGACACGAGGGCCGAGGCUCUGAGGGCUUCCUGGAGCACGUCUUCAAACACGCCGCUAAGGAGCUGUUCAGUCUGGAGGUCCACCAGGUCACCUACAAGACCCUCAGGAACCGGGACUUCCAGGAGGUGAGUCUAGAGCAGGAGGGAGAGGCCGUGCUGCAGUUUGCGGCCGUGUACGGCUUCAGGAACAUCCAGACCCUGGUUCACCGCAUGAGGAAGGGACGCCUGCCUUACCAGCUGGUGGAGGUGCUGUCCUGCCCCGGAGGAUGUCUGAGCGGUCGUGGGCAGGCGGAGGGGGAGGCGGGGGGGCCGGCGGGGGGGCGUGUGGACAAGGCCCUGGUGCAGCAGAUGGAGGAGGCCUACAGCAGCCUGCCAGUCAGCCUCCCAGAGACCAGCCCCAGCCUCCACACCCUGUACCAGGACUGGCUGGAGGGCCAGGACUCCCCACAGGCCAGAGCACUGCUCCACACCCAGUACACCCAGCAGCCCACUGGCCAGGCCCACACACAGCCCCCUCACAUCCAGUGGUGAGGAGAGGUGCAGAGGGAGGAAAGUGGUGUGGGGAUGACGUCGCCUCUGGGUUCAGACCAGGGUCGCUCUCCCCCCCCCCCCCCUGAGGACCCCCAGGAGGGCCAGCAGGAUCGCUCUCCUCUCCCCCUGAGGACCCCCAGGAGGGCAGCAGGAUCGCUCUCCCCCCCCCCCCCUGAGGACCUCCUGGAGGGCAGCAGGAUCGCUCUCUCCCCCCCCUGAGGACCUCCUGGAGGGCAGCAGGAUCGCUCUCUCCCCCCCCCUGAGGACCUCCAGGAGGGCCAGCAGGAUCGCUCUCUCCCCCCCCUGAGGACCUCCUGGAGGGCAGCAGGAUCGCUCUCCCCCCCCCCCUGAGGACCUCCUGGAGGGCAGCAGGAUCGCUCUCUCCCCCCCCCUGAGGACCCCCAGGAGGGCCAGCAGGAUCGCUCUCCCCCCCCCCCUGAGGACCUCCAGGAGGGCCAGCAGGAUCGCUCUCUCUCCCCCCCCUGAGGACCUCCUGGAGGGCAGCAGGAUCGCUCUCUCUCCCCCCCCCUGAGGACCUCCUGGAGGGCAGCAGGAUCGCUCUCUCUCCCCCCCCUGAGGACCUCCUGGAGGGCAGCAGGAUCGCUCUCCCCUCCCCCCUGAGGACCUCCUGGAGGGCAGCAGGAUCGCUCUCUCCCCCCCCUGAGGACCUCCUGGAGGGCAGCAGGAUCGCUCUCUCCCCCCCCCUGAGGACCUCCAGGAGGCCAGCAGGAUCGCUCUCUCCCCCCCUGAGGACCUCCUGGAGGGCCAGCAGGAUCGCUCUCCCCCCCCCCCUGAGGACCUCCAGGAGGGCAGCAGGAUCGCUCUCCCCCUCCCCCUGAGGACCCCCAGGAGGGCCAGCAGGAUCGCUCUCUCCCCCCCUGAGGACCUCCUGGAGGGCAGCAGGAUCGCUCUCUCUCCCCCCCCUGAGGACCUCCUGGAGGGCAGCAGGAUCGCUCUCUCUCCCCCCCCUGAGGACCUCCUGGAGGGCAGCAGGAUCGCUCUCUCCCCCCCCUGAGGACCUCCUGGAGGGCAGCAGGAUCGCUCUCUCCCUGGCCGUCUCUUCCUGGGUUUGAUAGCUGUGGGAUUUAAGGACCAGUGCCUGGGAGUGGAUGAGGGUCCUCUUUCUGUGACCCCUACCAGCCACUAGGGGGCGGGACUUCCUCUAUUAUCUGCAGCAAAUGGUAGAAACCCAGAAGGUUGGAACUGUUUCAGCUGGACUGCCAGUAUAGUGGAUGUCAUGCAACGACUGUCAAUGUAAUGCAUGUUGUCAUAACUCAUAACAUACUACCUUAUGUGCUUCAUGUUGACCUUGUGCUUCACGGGGCUGUGUCUCAACACUCUCAGGUCGGCUGCAUCUCAAAACUGUCAGGCAGGCUCCUCUGCCAGAGAAGUGGACUUGGAAAGUUAAAUACAAAAGAAGUUUGUUUUUAUCCACUGCUUUGUGUGGGCUGAUCUGUUGACAGUGCAGGUUCAAACUGCUGCCAGGCUGCAUCAGUCACACCAGUCCACUGUUGUGCCCAGUCUACGUCCAGGGAAGGGAGACAUUUAGAUAAAGCUACGUCCACAAGUGCUUAUUUUCAACCCGUACAGAGCAUUGUGUACUUGUAUUGUUAAUUCGUUAUGACCAUUUUAAAGUGGGUUGUUGUGGUCGUAAAGACCAAGUGUUUUUUUUUAUUUUAUUAUUGCGCCGCAUGCUUUCACACAUUGUCGAGCAUUAAAAUAACUUCAACGGGAGGUACGUGUGCGUCUGAAAUGUCACUAAGAAUUCAACAUGUCACAGUAAGGGAGAAAAUAGAAGUUGUAACUUGGGGGGCGCUUCCUGUUGUCAGUGGAUGAUUGUGUGACGUGGACCAGAUCUAUAGCGAUACCACGUAGCACCCAGGCAACAUUGGAAUUAUUCUAUGUAGUAUAUAAAGUGAUAAUACUCAAUUGCAAGCCUU